AAAUUUGAUAGAAAAUAGUAAUGAUAAUUUUAUAAGGUUUAAAACAAACUAUAUAAAUGGCUACUGCAUGGGGUAAUGACGAUCUGGUAUCAUUUUACACCACAAAACACUCUUGGAGAGGGAAAUACAAACGUGUAUUUUCUAUUGGAACUAAAGCCAUUACUACUUACAACCCUGCAACCUUAGAAGUUACAAACCAAUGGAAUUAUACUGACUUCUUUGGGAUCAAUCCAAGUUUAAAAACUGCAAAUGAGUUUAUAAUUGUUGUAAGAAAAGCUAAAGAAGGAAAGAAAACAGUUUCAAUGACAUUUUCUUCAGAUCAUCGAUCUGAUGUAUUAACAUAUGCUUUAUCAAUGAGGGCACAGUUUUAUGAGUCUAAAGUAAAAAGUGAACCACGCUUUAAUGCUUACAAACAUCACUGGAGUGAAAAUCGAAUCCCAGUAAUCUUGCUUGUUUCACCAUGCUCACUUGAUCUUAUCGAUUAUCAAACUAAAAAAGUUUUAUGUUCAUAUAACUACAAAGACAUGGAAGGUGUUGCUGAAGUAUCUGACUAUCAAGCUGGUUUUGUUAUUAUAUAUGGUGGAUUUUCUAGACUGCAUUUAUUUUCAUGUGAUCAGCGUGACGAACUAAUAAAAAAAAUAAUCGAUUCAGCUUGUAACUGUAUUGGUGUCUCCUUAAAAAAUUCUAAAGAACCAAUUACUUUUGAGUACUUUCAAACAAAAAGGCUUGGCAAAUUCUGUGAUGAUGAGUCAAUAACUCCUUUGACUGAGUUCAAAGUGCUCAAAAUAAGUCCUCGAAAUAUUGAGCCAGUCAGCAGAAUAUUCUCAUUAUCUGAAAAUUGCAUAGUAGAGCGAGACCCAGCAACAUAUCAUAUCUGUUCAAUACAACCUCUUAGUAAUAUAUUUGCUCUUGUUCGUUAUCCUGAUAAUCCACAAUUAUUUGAUAUUGAGUAUGUAAGUGGUUUUUCUCGAAAAUACUUAUGCACAGAGCGAGAUGCUUUACUAGCCAGUUUAGUGGAUGGUGUUCGUGCCAGUGGAAAUCAAGAGGUUCAUGUUCAAAUGACUCCAACUAAAAGAGGUUAUCGCCAGUCUCCAUAUUAUCAACCUGUUGAUGAAGAAGUAGAAGCACAUCAUUUAAAGUUUUUAUCUCAACCUCCUGCUAAAUUUUUUGAAGCCGUUGCUCGUUUUAAUGCAAAUAUUUCAUACAGCGGUUUGUUGCAUGCUGUGACACAAGAUACAUUGUUUGCAGAAAAUAAAGAAAAGUUAAUUGUUCAAGGAUUAACAUCCUUGCUUGCUAAUGAUUACGAUGUACUUACCAUUCCGACCGAAGACUUAGAAUCUUUUUUUCAUGCUCUGCGUAGAUUAGUGGCUUCCAAAGCUGGUUUUGAAGCAUUUACUACACUGCCAAAGUUUAGAGAACGUGUUGGUGUAAAAGUAGUAAAAGCUUUAAAACGUAAUAAUGAUGGUGUAACUCAUGCUGCUAUUGAUAUGCUAUCAGCUCUAAUGCAGCCUAUGCAUGAAAAUUAUAAUUUACGUCAAGAACAGUUGAAUAAAUCUUCUCUUUUGUAUUCGAAAGCAUUUCUAGAGGAUUUACUUGAUUUAUUUAAUACACAUGUACUUCAUGAUUCUGGUGCUCUUGUUAUCUCUGCUUUGCUUGAUUUUCUUACAUUUGCUCUUUGUCCACCUUACAGUGAAACCACUGAUGGUCAACAGUUUGACAUUCUUCUUGAAAUGGUUUCAGGUUUGGGUAGAUGUUUGUUUAGGCUGUUUCAGCAUCCAUCCAUAGCUAUUGUCAAAGGUGCAGGAAUGGUAAUGAAAGCUGUUAUUGAAGAAGGUUCUGAUGAAAUCGCAACACGAAUGCAAGAUCUUGCACUUGCAGAAGGUGCACUUCCUAGGCAUUUACACACUGCUAUGUUUACAACAAGUACACUUGAUAAUAGACUUCUUACUAAUAGACAACUUAGUCGCCACCUAGUUGGUUUGUGGGUAACAGGACAUCCAACAACUAUGGCUCUACUCAAGAGAUGUCUGCCUGUAGGACUGCUCAAUUUUCUUGAAUCAAAAGAAGAAGUUCCUGAAGUAGAUAUAGAUAGAUUGCAUGUUCGUGACAAUCUAAAGUUAGCUGAAGAAGCUGGAGUUAACAAACUAAGACGAAAUCAGCAAAUCAAACAACUUGAAAAAUUUCUCACCCAUUGGAAGUCAAAAGUAGAAGAUAAAGUUGGAGUUAAAAAGGAGCAAAAAAUUGAAAACAAACCAGUUGUUUUGAGAAAGCGAAGACAACGUAUUAGAAGUGAAGCUAACUGGGACCUCUUUUACUAUAAAUUUAAUAUUGAUCAUUGUACACCAUUACUUAUUUGGAAUUCUAAAACAAGAGAUGAACUCAGAGAUACACUUGAAGCUGAGAUGAGAAUUUUUUCAAUGGACAAGGAUUUAAUCAACCAAAGAUUGAUAUCAUGGAACCAUUCUGAAUUUGAAGUGCAAUAUACAUGUUUGUCUGAAGAAAUCAAAAUAGGAGAUUAUUAUCUACGUGUUUUACUUGAAGAAGACGAGUCAAAAGAAACUUCUCCAAUUUUGGAGCCUCUUGAAUUUUUUAAUGAUCUUUAUCAUCGGUUUCUUAUUACUACUAAACUUGAUAUGAAAGCAAUGUGUUUACAGGCUAUGGCAAAGGUGUAUGGUAAAUGUUUUGAAGCUAUUGGAUCUUUUCAUGAUACUGUGUACAUUGUUGGAAUGUUAGAGCGAUCAACGGACAAACUUGAGCGUGAUCGUCUCUUACUCUUUAUUAAAGAACUUUUAAAAAAUAAAUCAAAUGUAAAACAGUUUUUGGAUGCUGGUGGAAUUCGUAUUUUAGUUGAACUUGUUGUAUUAGCUCAUUUACAUGUUUCACGAGCUACUGUGCCAUUACAAACCACUAUGAUUGAAGCUUCUGUAGAUAUGUUAAAAUCUUAUGCUGAAAAAGAAUGGUAUUUUGGGAACACUGAGAAGGAAAGACGUGGUCCAUUUAGUUUUCCUGAGAUGAAAGAUCUAUGGGCGGAAGGUGUAUUAAAACCAACAACAAGGUGUUGGGCACAAGGAAUGGAUGGAUGGCGUCCAUUGAAUCUUAUUCCGCAAUUAAAGUGGUGUAUUUCUGCUACAGGGACAGCUAUAAUGAAUGAAUCCGAUCUUGCAGUCAAUUGUUUAAACAUGCUGAUUACAAUUUGCAAACUUUUUCCAAACAAAGAUAUUGAUGGUGCUGUUGUUCGUCCGUUACCUCGUGCAAAAAGAAUGUUAUCAGAAGCUUCUUGUCUUCCACAUAUUGUUCAGCUUUUACUGACAUUUGAUCCUGUUAUUGUUGAAAAAGUUGCAGUACUUAUAACUGAUAUUAUGGUGGAUAAUCCUGUGAUGCCACGCCUCUAUUUGACUGGAAUUUUUUUCUUUAUUAUGAUGUACACAGGUUCGAAUGUAAUACCAAUCGGCAAAUUUCUUGCUGAAGCCCACUUAAAGCAAGCUUUUAAAUCAGAAGAGAACUUACCAAAAGAGAUGCUUCAGCGGAGUAUUCUUGGUCCUAUUCUCCCAGAAGCUAUGAUCUGGUUUCUUGAAAACUAUGGAGCUGAAAAAUUUGCUGAAACAUUUUUGGGUGAGUUUGAAACACCGGAAGCAAUAUGGAACAGUGAAAUGCGAAGAAUGGCUAUUGAGAAAAUUGCAUCUCAUAUUGCUGACUUUUCACCAAGGUUACAAAGUAAUGUUAGAGCUUUAUAUCAGUACUGUCCAAUUCCUACUAUUCAAUAUCCACAACUUGAAAAUGAGCUUUUUUGUAACAUAUACUAUCUUCGACAUUUAUGUGAUACAGUCAAAUAUCCUGAUUGGCCUAUUCAAGAGCCAGUCAAAUUAUUGAAGGAUAUAUUAGAUGCUUGGAAAACUGAAGUGGAGAAAAAGCCCUCAACAUAUUCCUCAGCUCAAGCUUAUGAGAUUUUGGGACUGUCAUCAGACAAACAGCACGAUGAUGCAGCGAUUCGAAAAGCGUAUUUUAAGAUGGCACAAAAGUAUCAUCCUGAUAAAAAUCCAGAAGGAAGAGAAAUCUUUGAAGAAGUAGCUAAAGCUUAUGAGUAUUUAUGUAGUAAAGCCGCAAAAAAAAAUACUAGUGGUCCAGAUCCAUUAAAUAUUACCUUAAUUCUUCAAUCUCAAAGUAUAUUAUUUAAAAGAUAUAAAGAUGUUUUACAACCUUAUAAAUAUGCUGGUUAUCCAAUGCUUAUAAAAACAAUUCAAAUGGAGUCAGUUGACUCACAGUUGUUUGCUAAGGACACAGCAGUUCUUCCAGCAGCUUGCGAACUUGCUUAUCACACAGUUAAUUGUUCAGCAUUAAAUGCAGAGGAAUUGCGUAGGGAAGAUGGAAUAGAGGUACUUCAAGAAACAUAUUCUCGUUGUGUUGGUAUUUUAAAUCAAUCAUCAACACCAAAUGAUCUUCCAGUACAAAUUUGCUCACAUGUAACUCGUUGUUACACUGUUGCUGCGCAAUUUGAAGGAUGUCAGGAAAAAAUUACUGAGCUUCCUAGUAUAGUUAAAGAUAUGUGCAAGAUUUUGUUCUUUAAGAAACUGGCAAAUCUAAGUUGUAUUGUUUCUGAAUGCAUCUCAAGUUUCUCAAUAGAUUUCUGGCUACAAACUCAUCUACUUCAGUCAGGAGCAUUGUGGCAUCUUCUUCAGUUUUUAUUCAAAUAUGAUUACACCUUGGCAGAAAGUGGAGUAGAUGCAUGCAGUGAUUCUAAUCAACAAGAGGUAUGUAAUAAUCUUGCAAGGUUAAGCAUCAAAGCGUUGGCUAGAAUGGCUGGAUAUUAUGAAGGGGAAUUAGCAACUCCUGAAAAUCCUGCUGUGCAAAAAGCACUUUGUGCAAUGCUAACACCAUUUAUUGCAAGAAAGUUAGGUAAAGAGGAGCCACAUGAGGUAUUAAAGUUGUUAAAUUCAAACACGGAGAAUCCAUAUCUGAUAUGGGACAAUGGUACAAGAGCUGAACUUAUUGAGUACCUCGAAGCAAAUCAAAAAGAAAAGAGUGAUGUGAAAGAUCAAACAUUUGGAGCGGAUUUUGUGUUUACUAUUCACAGUAAAGAAUUAAUUGUUGGAGAAAUCUUUGUUCGAAUCUAUAAUGAGCAGCCUACAUUUCCACUUCUGGAUCCUUAUAGUUUUGGCAGUGCUCUAUUAGAUUAUUUGGGUUCACAGGCACAGUAUCUUCACUCGUUAAUGGCUUUAACUGCUUCUGAUAUUGAUACUAGUAAGUCUAGUGCUCACAUGUCUCGGCUAGAAAAAAUCGGUAUGGCACUUGAAGCUCUGAGAAAUGUUAUUAAAGGAAAUUCAGGUGUUGAAGUACGUUGUAUUGGGCAUUUUAAACUUUUAUUUUCAUUACUUCGUUUGACUGGUGCUGAAAAGCUACAAAAGCUUGCUUUAGAGGUUAUAUCAAGUGUCACUGGCAAUGGUAAAUGUGUUGUUAACAUUGCAGAUGCUGAUGUACUUGCUUAUCUUCUCUUAACUCUUCACACACUACCCUCUUCUUGUAUUUUGGUACUCGAUACUUUAUAUGCACUAAUGUCUAAUACAAAAAUUGUUAAAGAAGCCAUGUCAAAAGGUGCUUUGAUUUAUCUUCUUGAUUUGUUUUGUAAUUCAACAAAUGCCACAGUAAGAACAAGAACGUCAGAACUUUUUUCGAAAAUGAUGGCUGAUAAGUUAAUUGGUCCUCGUGUAAAAAUUGUACUGUCUAAAUUUUUACCUUCUAUAUUUAUGGAUGCUAUGAGGGAUAGUCCAGAUGCCUCAGUUCAUAUGUUUGAAGCAAACCAUGAGAAUCCCGAACUUAUAUGGAAUGAUGAUGCAAGAGACAAGGUAUCAGCAACUGCAAAAGAUAUGAAGGAUAAACAUUUCUUUGUACAAAAAGAUGAUCCAUAUGCAACAUGGAAGCUUCCCGACAACUUUUAUAUUACUUUGGAUGAUGUUUUAGAAGAGUUUGUUGUUGGUGGCGUUUUUCUUCGACUUUUUGUUGCUCAACCUAACUGGGUGUUAAGAAAGCCAAAAGAGUUUAUGGUUUCACUUAUGGACAAAUUUAUAAGUUUAUCAACAAAACCGUUAAACACAAACGAUCAUAUUGAGAUAGUUACUCAAGCAAUUGUUUCAUUAUUCAGUGCCCAGCCUCCUCUUGCUGACCAAGUUCCUGCUCUUGGUCAUCUUCCUCAAAUCUUUCAAGUAAUGGGAUCAACUAAUAACUCAAUACCAAAAUAUGCAUUACAAGUUGUUCAUGUCUUAUCAAAUAACGAGUUAUGUGUUCGAACAAUGUCACAGACAGAUAGUAUUCGACUAAUGAUUGUGGCCAUGCGAUCACGUCAGGAUAUCAUGAGUUUAGCUGCAGAAACAUUAAGCAGAAUGUAUGAAAAAAGUAAUACCGAACUUGUUGCUCAGGCUGUCAGGUCUGAUUUAAUCAAGUUUUUAUUAAACAUACUGGAUAGCCCACUAACAGGUAUUAAAAAUUCCUCUGGUACAAAAGCUCAGAUUGUUAAAGCUUUAAAAGCCAUGAUUCGAGAUACAAAUUAUGGAGAACAGGUAAACCAAAUUUUAGAGGCAUCGACAAUUUGGCCUACGUUUAGAGAUCAAAUGCACGAUCUUUUUUUGAAUGAUCGUCAACAUGCUGGUUAUCUAACGGGUCCAGUAGCUACUGCUGGCUAUCUAACACAAGGUCCAACAUCUUUACCGGCAUCAAUGAAUAGACCUCCACCAAUAGAAAAAAACGAAGAUUUUUUUAGUUAGUUUUUAUAUAUUAAGUUGCGAAAGAACUUCAAACAAUAGGAACGCAAAUAAUUAAUUUGAUAUAAUUUUUUUUUCAAAUUUAGUACGAGGCAGUUUAUUGACGAUAUAAUGAUAAGAUAAUGAAUAAGAUAAUAAGAUAAGACAUUAAGAAUAAGAUACUGCUAAGACAUUUUUUAAAAGAGUUAUGAGUUUCAUUAUUAUUAUAUGAAAAAAAUUAAGAUGUAAUUAUUUGGACUUUUGGACAAUUUUUAUAAAUAUAUAAACUUUUUUGUAAUAAAAUUGUGGAAACAAACAAAAAGAUCGUUUUUGUAUUAAGUACAUUUUAAAAUCAACCUAAUUUAUUUAUUUUUUGUUAUUGUUGUUUUUUUUAGUUGAACAUGUUUUUUGUGAACAAAUUUAUAAUUU